AUGGCGUGUACGGGCUUCAGCCCUGGCCCGUUCACCUUCGUGGAGCUCUUCGCUGGCAUCGGGGGCUUCAGACUUGGGCUGGAGGCGCUCGGAGGCCGCUGCGUCUUCGCGUCGGAGAUGCACCCAACCGCCAGGAUGGGCCUGGGGCUCGUGUGUUCUGCAAAAGUCAUUGUGAUCGGAAUCGCAUUAGCCGCCAUGUGGCAGGCCGUAAUCCGCAGUGCCACGUGGCAUUCCCUCUUCACAAUGAUCCUUUCCCCACUCUUGGCCACGAGGGCGGUCUACUGCGAGAACUGGCCGACGCAGUGCGGGGCAGCAGCGGCCAUGUGUGGAAAGCUGGCGGGCGACAUCCGCCUCGUGCCCGUCGAGGACGUGCCGGAGCACGACGUGCUCACCGCGGGGUUUCCGUGCCAGCCCUUCUCCGCGCUUGGCGAGCAGAUUGGGCUCCAAGAAAGCCGCGGCCGCCUGUUCCUGCAGGUGUGCCGCGUGCUGCGCGGCCGGCGGCCUCCGCUGGCGCUGCUUGAGAACGUCCCGGGCCUGCUGGGCACGGAUGGCGGCAGGGCAUUGGAGGCGGUGGCCCGUGCGCUGAAGGAGUCUGGGUACCGCGUCGCGCAUCGUGUGUACAACAGCCAGGCGGUGCUGCCCCAGAAGCGGAAGCGCGUGUACAUCGUCGCCAUCAGGGCCGAUUUGGAGGCCGCGUGCGAGGUGUUCCGCUUCCCCUGGCUCCCCGAUUUGGGCCGCACGCUGGCCGAGGCGUUGGAGCGCCCGCCGCCAGCCGAGGAGUUGGGGCACCUGGUAGUCUCGGAGGAUCGGUGGGGCAGACUGCAGCAGUCCAGGGCAUUCCACGAAGCGCCGGAGGACAUCCUCGGCUGCCUCGACGCCCCUGCGGCCCCCCUGGUGGCGUCCUACGGGCAGGGCGGCAGCGGCUCUUUCUCAAGGUACACGCAGCUGGUGCCGCCAGAGGGCGCCCCCGCCGGUGACCUCUCGCGGCCACGACGCCUCAGCCGCCGUGAAUGCGCCCGGCUGCAGGGCUUCCCGGAGACCUUCAGCUACGCCGCUUGCGACGGCCCCCGCGCUUGGUACCGACUCAUCGGCAACGCGGUCAGCCCGCCAAUCGUCUGCGCGCUGGCCGCCUCGUUGCUGUGCGCACUGCGGCACGCUGGCGCGCGGCGCUGCCGGCUGCCUGGCACCAGGGCGGCGCUGCAGCUGGCGCUGCAGGCUGGCCCGCCUGAGGCAGUCGACCGCUUGCUGGUGGUCGAGGUGUCGCGGGCGAUGGAUGGCAGCGAUGUGCUCUCUCUAGGCGCACUUCUGACGCAGCUUGACAGUGAGCGCUGA